AUGCGCUCCACCAGCGGAAUCGAAAUCACGCUCCUCCAUGAAGCGCCCUACGGCCCCAGCACCACGAUUCGCGAAUACGAGAACAGCAACAUCCAGCGGCAUGCAGACUUCCAAGGCGCCUCCCACUCCGUUCUGAUUUCCCAAUGGCACCGCAACGCCCUACAGCUCCGUCUGAAAUUCAGCGCAGACUUCCAACUGAAGAGCUCGGAAGAAGGAGUCAAAAUCCUCGUAGUCGUCCGCAACGCGGAGCAAGCCUUCUACCUGCCGGCAGAGGCCGUGCCGGGAAAGGAGUAUAUCUUGAGGAGUUUCUGGCGGAUGUCUGGCGGUGAUGGCACGCGGUGGGAGCCGAGGUGCGAUGUUAGAGUCCCGCUGCAAGCUCGUAAGGAUCAAGGGGCAGGAGAGGCUAGCAUGUGGAAUCGGUAGACGACUGACUUAUAUCACGCACAGAUCCAGCGAAUCCCGAUCGGAGCGAUAGCACGUGGCAGAACAUGUACGAGCCGAACGCGUGCUGUGUCGCGGUCUCCGUCUCGCGCGGCCGUCUGACACGCACAGGCAGGAAGCCCUCGAGGUCGCUUCCGACAGACCCGCCGGAGAAGGACAGGUAUACAUGAGGCCCCCUCGGUCAUGUGAAGCGAAGCGAAGCGAAGCUAAAGCUCCCAAACAGACAUCGCGAUACCGGCAACCCGAAAGUCAUCAACGAAGCCUGGUUCGAGCAACAAGGCGACAGCGAAGUAUUCCAGUUUCUCAACGUGGGAAGCAUCGAAGUGGCGGACGAGAAGCCUCUCAACACGGAAGAGGACUUCAGUCGGAAGGAAGUGAAAGCCCUCCUCGGGACGACCUACGCUCUCACGGCACCGGAAAGCUACGCCGUCGAUGCAAGUCCUACACGAAAGUAUGCGAAUGCGAAGCGGAAGAGAGACUUCAAGUGGGAGCCAGAGCAAUCCGUGAAGUUGAAAGCAGAAUGGAACACCAGCAAUGUCGACCAUAAAGUCCCGGCUUUCGACUAUAGAUAUCCAGAGAAGCGUAAACUCGGCGCACUUUUCUGCAAGAGGGCCAACUUUGACACCUGUCUCGCGAAACCUUCGGCUUAUAGGGCCUGUGAUGAUGAGCAGGAUGACGAAGAGCCGCCGCCGGCAUACGCGGCAAAAGGAAAGCAGGACGAUGAUUUCGAGAAUAAGGUGAAAGUCGAGCCCGUGGAAAAGGACUACUCCGGUAGCGCCCCUGUGGCACCUCGAUGCGGCACCUCUCCGAUGGCAUUUUCCAGAUCGGGAACCAUGAGGAAUUACGCUUCCAAGGAUGCAGGAGAUGUCCAGGACGAGGAGUUGCUGCACCUGAUGCUCGAGGAGAAUCUCCUCCGGCAGGACAUCCGAAGAGAGCAGUUGCGUAAGGGAGUUUAA